CAUUAACGUCCUCAGAUGGUUUUGUCAUACGAUCGCUAUUAUUGUAUUUCAUCAUAUUGAUUUAUCUAUUUUUGGUUGCGUGUAAAAGUAGUACAUUCUCGUCUUUGUAAUUAGAUAAAACAUGGAAAAAUUGAAGGAAUACAAUAAUCCGGAAACUUAUAAAACGGUUGCCAUUGUUGGUGGAUGCGCGAUUGUUGGCUGUGCUAUUGGAACAAUGAUACUUCCAGCAAUUGGAUUCACGGGAAACGGUGUUGCGCCGUUAUCGUAUGCGGCCACUUGGCAAUCCGGAAUUGGAAAUGUGGCAGCGGGUAGUCUCUUUUCCAUAGGUCAAUCCAUGGGCGCAACUGGUGCAGGCACUGUAUUGUUCGGUGGUACAGGCGCAUUGAUUGGUGCUGCAAUAGCACCCUAUGCAAAAACCAUUGGAACUCAAGUAUAUAACACUGCCAAACCCUAUAGAACUACGAUCGCAAAUAAAGCAAUUGACGCUGGCAAAUAUGUGGUCAAUAGUAAAAACUCUGUAAUUGCUGCAGCCACACCUUAUGCCCACAAUUAUGCAAAUCAAGCCUAUAGUUUUUGUUAUAAGACAAUUAAAAGUAAACUUUAGCAAAUAUUAUUAAACUGUUCCUUUUAAUCAUCUCUAUCAUCAAAUAAAAAAAGAGAAAAAAAUCAAUAAAUCGGUUUCAUUGUAGUGUAAUUAAUUGCCAACCUGUUUAAAAGAAUACCUUAUCAGCACUUCAAAAGAUUAAAUUAUUUACUAUACAAUUGAUGUGAAUCAUAAAUAAUUGCAACAAAUAAAUGACAAUAUUCGACAAUUUUGAAAUAAAAAA